AUGAAGAAGAAAGGAGCUAAAAAUAGCUUUUUCCAGCUGAAAAAUCUCUUCUUUUUCUCCAAAAGCUCCUCAAUCUGCUUCUCCAUAUUCAUGCACUGGCUCUGCAGCCUCAGAACAUCAUCCUUUAACCUCCUGACCUCCAUAUUACGCGUGGCCACCUCACGUUUGGACAGGCACCUAACCGGGCCAUCGAGCCCGAUAACCGGGCUAUGGGGCCCGGUCAAGGACCCGCUCCAGUCUAUCACGAGUAAGAUUGUCCUGAUCAAUGAGCAGCAGAAAAAAGUGAAUUCCAGGCAAUCAUGGAUUUUUCUGGUCAGGAUGAAAAUGUCCAACAAAGGCCAUGAGCCCGAACGGGCCCGAGCCCGGGCAAGCUCAAGUUCUUCGCAAGUAACAUCGGGCCCGAGUGAGUCUGGUGCUUACGAAGCCCAUCCCGUAACUAUAUGGGCCCAUCGAUCAAGGGCACGCUUAGCCACCUUCACGAGUGCAGCUCCACAUCGGGCCUCCUCAAGGCCCGCGAACCCCUUCACGACCCGAACGACCAGCCCAAAGUCGAGCAGCGUAGUCCCGGGCUCGUGGCCGAAGCACGGUAUCAAUAAGUCCUCCAGUUCGGCCCGGUCCAGCUGCCGGGAGACACGGGCCUCCAGCUCGGCCCGGUGGGCCGGGCCCACACCGACCAUGCACGCGGCCCGCAAGGCCCGUAGGAGGAAUCCGCACGGGACCGAGUUUUUGUCGGGAGGGAGGACCUCGACUAGGGACUCGAUGAAUAGCUUCUUCUUGGCCCACGAGGAUGUGAUGCUUUCUCGAGGGGAAUUGGGCUUGGGCACGGGCUCGAGCGUGGGCCCAGAUAGUUCUGGGAGGUGUUUGGGGGCGUAG